AUGACAAUUGGCUUUGUUUCGCUUAAUAGUGAUUUCUGUGGAUAUUGUGGAGCUGUUUUAACAGUUCCUACUCGUGCUCCAUCUCUGGUAACAUGCAAAAUAUGUGCUACUCAGUGGACAAUCAAAGAAAAAAAUAACCAAUUGGUGUGUCGAAUAGAGAAAGUAUACGAACGAACUGUAGCGGAUACCGAUGGAAUUGAGCACGAAGAUGCAGCCGAUGCUAUCGUUGAACAUGUUUGCACAAAAUGUGGACACAAUAAAGCAACGUAUUCUACCAUGCAAACGAGAUCGGCUGAUGAAGGACAAACCGUUUUCUAUACAUGUCUGAAGUGCAAAAAGAAGGAUAUUGAGUACUCAUAG